ACCAUUGACGCUCCUGCAACACUUUGGGAGCUUGUGACCGACCGCGUGUGUGCGUGCGUGUGUGUGUAUGUGUGCGCGCGUAUGCGUGUGUUUGCUCGCAUCGUGCUUCACUGACAUUCCCGGAACAUUCCACAUCCAGCAUCCGUCCAAGAGGGGAAUUAUCAUCGUGCUUUUACACCCCUUGUUGUGUUCAGCGACUUAAAAUAAGAAAAAAGGGGAAAGGGACGAUGUCUUAUCAAGGCAAAAAGAACAUCCCGAAGAUCACGAGCGACCGGCUCCUGAUCAAAGGCGGCCGGAUUGUGAAUGAUGAUCAAUCCUUCCACGCAGACAUCUACAUGGAGGAUGGCCUCAUCAAGCAGAUUGGCGACAACCUGAUCGUGCCCGGUGGGGUGAAGACCAUUGAAGCCAACGGCAAGAUGGUGAUCCCCGGUGGCAUCGACAUUCACACCCACCUCCAGAUGCCCUACCGUGGGACCACCACCGUAGAUGACUUUGCUCAGGGGUCCAAGGCAGCUCUUGCUGGGGGGACGACCAUGAUCGUGGAUCACGUGAUCCCUGAGGCAGGUAGCAGCCUGAUGGAUGCCUACGACCAGUGGAGGCAGUGGGCUGACGAGAAGGCCUGCUGUGACUACUCUCUCCACGUAGACAUCACCCACUGGAACGACAGUGUCAAGCAGGAAGUGGACAACCUGAUGAAGGAAAAAGGAGUGAACUCCUUCCAGGUGUACAUGGCUUACAAAGACUACUACCAGAUGAGCAACAGCGAGCUCUAUGAGGUAUUUACCUUCUUGGCAGAAAGAGGAGGGAUUGCUCAGGUCCAUGCAGAAAAUGGAGAGAUCAUCGCAGAGGAGCAGGCCCGAAUGCUGCAGAUGGGAAUCACUGGACCGGAGGGGCACGUGCUGAGUCGGCCAGAAGAGCUGGAAGCAGAAGCCGUGUUUCGGGCCAUCACAAUCGCCAGCCAAACCAACUGUCCCCUCUACGUGACCCGAGUCAUGAGCAAGAGCGCCGCCGACAUCAUCUCACAGGCCCGCAAAAAAGGAAAUGUCGUGUUUGGGGAGCCAAUCACGGCCAGUCUGGGGACGGACGGCACGCAUUACUGGAGCAAGAACUGGGCCAAGGCGGCUUCUUUUGUAACUUCACCACCUCUUAGUCCUGACCCGACCACUCCAGACUACCUGAACACACUCCUGUCCAGUGGAGACCUGAGUGUGAGUGGCAGCGCUCACUGUACGUUCAGCGUGUCACAGAAGGCCAUCGGCAAGGACGACUUCACUCAGAUCCCCGAGGGCGUCAAUGGGGUGGAGGAGAGGAUGACCCUCAUCUGGGACAAAGCUGUGACUACAGGCAAGAUGGACGAGAACAUGUUUGUGGCAGUUACCAGCACCAACGCAGCCAAGAUCCUCAACCUGUACCCACGCAAGGGUCGGAUCGCCGUGGGCUCCGAUGCCGACCUGGUCAUCUGGGACACCGACACCAUUCAAACCAUCACGGCAAAGAAACACAAUUCGGCCGCCGAGUACAACAUCUUUGAGGGCAUGGAGCUGCGUGGCAGCCCGCUGGUGGUCAUCUGCCAGGGGAAGAUCGUCCUGGAAGACGGCAACCUGCACGUUACCUCGGGCGUGGGCCGCUUCAUCCCCUGCUCACCGUUCCCCGACUACGCCUACAAGCGCGUCAAGGCCAGGAAGCAGCUGGCCGUCCUGAGGGCAGUGCCCAGGGGAAUGUAUGAUGGUCCCGUGUCGGAAUUCUCCAUGUCACGUGGCGGCACCCCGUCCGCCUCGGCGCGCACGUCGCCUACUAAGCAGCCCGUCAGGAACCUGCACCAGUCUGGAUUUAGUCUAGCAGGUAACCCUGCGCCAUGUGGCCCCCCGACCCCAGAUGAGGUCCCCAUUAGGCCUGCUGGUCGUCGUAUUAUGGUGCCCCCCGGUGGCCGUUCCAACAUCACCUCCCUCAGUUAAAUUGCCUUCCGCCGUCCCAGGAGAACCAACUGCGUGCCGCCAGAGCCCGAGUGCGUGUUAAUGUUUGUCUGAGUACGGGUAGAGCUGAUUUGGAACCACCGUGACUAAUUUGAAAAACAACAACAACAACAAUGCUGACUUAAACUUGCCUUACCUGUCAUUAUGCUAGAUUUUGGUUGCUCAAAUGAAAAAAAAAAAAGAAAAAGGCAUUUUUGGCUGGAGCAAUGUGUUAAUGGGCGUUUCCACCCCCACUCUAUUUUGUUUUAAUUUCAAAUGAUAAAACAACCAAAGCGUAACCAGUCUCAGCCUUUCUUCUCAACAGUUAAAUAUGCUAGAGAUUCUGUACUGGUGCUCUUGGUAGUUGGUUAAAUAAACCUGUAUUGAUGGUAAUUAAACUACCUGGUCUUAAAUGACACAUGCAUUUGUCCUGAUUGGCUUUCCAUAUCAUUGUAGAUACAGUAGACUUCAUGUAGCUUUGUGAAUGAUGUUGUUUAGCUUGUUUAUGGGGCCAAAUAAUGAUUUAAAAAAAAACAAAAAACAAACAAAACGGUACUUCGUGCAUCUGAGAGGCGAAUUGGAUCUGAAAGACAUGGAGCUGCAUGGGCCACACAGAUACUGGUGACGUGAUCCAUGAUUCUUUUCAACUCGUCUCCAUGGUGAUCCCAUCCACAUGUCACGUACUGAAUGAUGAGUAUUUGGAAAAAAAAAAAAAAAAAAGGUAGCAAGAGGAAAAUUACGGUUAUUGUCAAAAGAAAACCAACAAAAAAAAAUAUUUGCACUUGUUGAUGUUUACUGGAGAUCAUUUUUAAAAUGAUAAAAUGAGAAAAAAAUCUAUGUACACCUGAUCCUUAUAAACAACAAAAAGAAAGAAAUGAUGCUUUAAGAAAACCUUUUCAUCCCCGAGCUCUGAUUUUCUCGCAAAAUGCAACCACUUUAACGUCGCUCCAAUAUUCUUCCUAAUGUUCAAAAUAAAACGUGAUCAUGCUAAGGAAGGAAGGAAGGAAGGAAUUGGGAGAUGUUUUUAUCUCAUCAACUGUGAGGCAGAGUGCAUUAGGGCCACACUGAAAAGAAAAAUUGAAAUCCCAAAAUAUUUGUCAUUAUUACAAUAAAGUACUAAUUUUAGGACAGAAACAAAAUGUAUUACGAGAACAAAGUCAAUGUUCAUGAAAAAAAAGAAAACUUGUGACUUUGUGAAGAAUAAUGGUAUUUGACUAAAGGUUUACUUUUCUGAGAAAAGAAACCCCUGAAUCUGAUUAAGAUGACCAAGUUGUGUAAUAAUUUGGAAAAAGUCAGAAUUUUGCAAUAAUGUUACAUAGGCAAAUUGUUACAAGAAGAAAGUCUUAAUUUUGCUUUUAAAAGAAACCAUAAUGUUUUAAAACAUAGUUUUUUAAUGUCAUGAGAAGAAAUGUUCAUGACAGGAAAAAGUGCUGUUAGUUCAAACGCUACAGUCCAAAUCCACAUCCCGAAAAAGAACCAGUUUUAAUUUAAAAAUAAAUGAAAAAUGAAAAAAUACGUGAGCAAAUAUUUCUUACAAAGUUGUAACACGACUUUAUCUGCUGAUAAAUUUUUCGUGUUACAAGGAGAAAAUUCCUACAUGUGCAAGUGUGUGUCAUGUUGGACUUUGUGCUCCAUCAUCACGUAAAAUCUGCUUUUUCCAUUGGCUUUCCAAUUUUCACUGUGGCGCUAAUACAAAUUUGUAGGAACCAAGUCGUUUUCAUUUUUUUUCGUUUGGUAUUUAUAUUAGUUUGUUCUAUGUUAUUUCUUUGAUACUGUUGUAGAAACCCCCCUAAAAAUGGCAGAGUUGAAAAAAAUGAGAUGUGUUGUGCUCGUCUGACUUGAUUUGGGAAUAAAAACAAGACUCGCAGGUGACUGAU